UCUGUUUUUUUCUGCAAGCAUAAGUUUUGAUUAUGUGAAAAGAAGGAAACUCUGUGGAAUCAAUGCAAUUUUCUUUUUCUAGUAGGAAUCCCCACUUAACUCUUAUCAAUGUUUUUUGUCUUUUACUGUUUCUCACAGGAGACGGGGGAGAGAUCAAGUAGCCCACACACUGUGCAGUGUGUGCGGACUGGAGGGGGGAUGCCUCGAGAGCGCAUCACAGGACGACAAAACCCCACUGCAAGACGUAGUGCCAUAAUAGAGCAGCUUUGGCACGAGAGCUGGUCUCUUGUAGUUUCUAGGAAAAGGGGGAGAUCGCUCCAAAGAAUCCCCAAACAUACUUCUCAUCAUGCCGGAAUCCUCCUGAUCAUCUUUGCUCGCGUACAAUGUAGUGGAGAGAAAAAGGGGAUCUCCACUGGUGGAGAGAUCUGGGGAUGCAUGGACACGGUUAUGGGUGAUUAAUGCCAUUUCUCUGCUGCAAAACAAGACUGGAUAUGCACACAAAAAGUGGGGAUAAGUGAGUUUCGUGGCCCACAGGAUGGACACUGCAGAGGUAAUUCUCUCUGUUUUGGUGGUUGUGAUUAUUAUAGUGUCGUUGCUGUCCAACGUCCUGGUGCUGAUCUGCUUUCUGUACAACCCGGAGAUCCGCAAGCAGGUACCAGGUCUGUUCAACCUCAACCUCACCUUCUGCAACUUGUUGCUGACCGUGUCCAACAUGCCGCUCACUUUGGUGGGACUUGUCAGUAAGGCUCAGCCGGGAGGAGAAAGCUUUUGCCAGAUCGUGGGCUUCCUGGAGACCUUCCUGUCCACCAACUCGAUGCUGAGCAUGGCAGCUCUGAGCAUCGACAGGUGGAUCGCGGUGGUGUUCCCCCUGAGGUACCACUCCAAAAUGCGCCAUAAAGACGCGGCUUUUGUGCUCGGGUACACGUGGGCGCACUCUAUGUCCUUCUCCACGGUGGCCACCUGCCUCUCCUGGGUGGGAUACCACCGGCUUUACGCGUCCUGCACCCUGUCCAACCCGAAGGCGAGCAGUCGGACCCAGUUUGUUAUCUUCACCGUCUUCUUCCACUCGUUCACCUUUCUCCUGUCUUUUAUAGUGCUAUGUGUCACAUACCUCAAAGUGCUUAAAGUGGCAAGGUUUCACUGUAAGAGGAUCGACGUUAUUACAAUGCAAACUUUGGUGCUGCUGGUGGAUAUACACCCCAGUGUUCGCCAGCGUUGCCUGGAGGAACAGAAGAGGCGACGACAGAGAGCGACAAGGAAGAUCAGCACCUUCAUCGGCACCUUCAUGCUCUGCUUCGCUCCCUAUGUGAUCACGAGGAUCGUGGAGUUAUUUCCAGCAGUGCCUAUCAACCCCCACUGGGGAAUUGUCUCCAAGUGCUUAACUUACAGCAAGGCAGCCUGCGACCCCUUCGUGUACUCCCUGCUCCGACACCAGUACAAGAAGACAUGCACUGACAUCAUCAACAGGCUGCUGAAGCGUAGCUCCUUGAACGCGUCCGGGCGCAUGCACGAGAACCAUGGCAACAGCAUACCGACGGCAGAGUGACAGGGAGCGGACUGAUGGGAUACGGUCCGAGGGUUGACCUGGCAACUGUCAGGGAAAUAUGAAGCUGAUUUAUCGUCGAUGAAGAAGAGAACAAAUAUUGGUUGUUUCUGUCCACGUCUGUUUGAAUUUGGUCUGACAUGCCCAAAAAAGAAAAAAGUCGCUACAGACAAGGGCAAAUCUCUGCACAGGAAUACCACUGUGCUUGCAUAUUGAGUGCCCGGAACAGCAGAUCAGUGCAGUGAACUUGUUGUGGGGACAAUAAGCAAUGGCAGAUUUCACAUCCACCUGGAAAGACAGAUGUGCUCGCCCAAGAAGAACGGCCAGUUCAUAGCCUCAUUAUUUUAACUAGGGUAGCUUUAAGUCUGACAUAAGAUAUAUUGAAUUUGCAGAAUAUCUGUUUUGACAUUAUUGUAGUAUAUAUUCACAUUAUCUAAAAAAGAAUAAGGAACAGCUAUAUGUCUGUUUUAGUCUGUGCAAAGUGACAAGUUGAUACGUUCAUACUGUAUGUAGCACUGAAGAACUAGUCUAACCAAAACUUACAAAACCAAGUCCCCUAAUUGUAAUACAGAUGAAAACAUACAGCAGACAGUGCCGCUGCAGAAUUCGGCUCAGGUUAUUUGAGACUUGAUGGGGUAAAACAUACUCCCAACAAAACAGAUUUUAGGGUACUUUUAUUUUUGUAGUAAAUUGCCUUGUAGUAGUGUAAGGGACAACAAAGGAAAAAGCAAGAUAAUGUUUUUUUGUGUGUGUUUCGUGUGUGUAAACACAUUGCCAUCAUUUGUGCUUUCAGCACCCAUUUUGAAAAACUUACUGACUCGGCCAAGCAGAGUUUUAAUGGGUAAAAUGGACCUUCAAACCGGCUGCCUUUGCUGUCAUGACUGACGUGUGCCCCUCAGGUUGUUUAGUCAAGUGGAGUGUGAUUGACUGCACUUACCCGAGUUUGUACUCACUGAGAGGAGUAAGAGACUGCUUUCAUGCUUUCUCACACAUUUGGACAGGAAGAUGGACAGGAAAAGACAAUGUAUAUGAUGUCUUUAUUUUCCUUUACUUAGCAGAGUAAUCACAUGUAAACUAAUGACCAUGUGUUCAUGUGAUAUUUAAUACCAAUUACGUCCAUGCAAGGAUACCAUCAAUCCUUAGAACAAACCAGCUCUGAAAGCAGAAGAAAUAUCUUUUUGCUUUAGUCAGUGGUAAAGACAUAGACAUAGUCUCUGCUUUAUGUUUCUAAACAUCUAAUGCACAUUGAAUGUGUAGAGUGAUAUUUCUGACAGCACCUUGAAGGCACCACAUAAUAUUUAUUUGGGUAACCCUGUCACAAUUUAUUGAACAUGCUAAUACUAUUUAUACUGCUCAGACUCAAUGGAGGCAAUCAUCAUACUCUUAAUCAAGAUUAAUUGCUUGUUUUUGGGCCCCCAAAACUGAUCAUAGCAGUUAGACUAUGCUACUAUGCUAUAGCUGGUAUGACUACUUGGAAUGUGGAGGGUCAGCUAAGCUAACUAGCUUAGAUUUCCUCAGUAUGGCUAGAUUGCAAUAUUUAUGUUACUAGUGCAAGGACUAGAUUUCAUAAUAUUAACCGUCUCCUCUGAUCCAAUAGUUUCUACCUCCAGAGGUGACUCGUUUUCGAUAAACACAAUAGGACAUGUCUCAAACUAAGCAAAGCAAUAGAUGUUAAAAAUCAUCAUGUGACACUUAUAAUUAUAUAAUA